AUGCCAGAGCCCAAGUAUUCAAUGACGUCCAGAACCGGAUCUGAUAAUCAGCGAUACGGAUCCAAGGGCGAGCGCCUAGUUGCUGGAGUCGUCCCUCUUGCACCCGACAAGUCAAAGGUCAUGCUCAUCCAGUCGAGCUCCCGUAAGGGCUGGGUUCUUCCCAAAGGCGGCUGGGAAAAGGACGAAAAGACUGCAGCCGCAGCCGCAGCUAGAGAAGCUUGGGAAGAAGCCGGUAUUAUAGUGCGGGUCGAGAAAGAUCUCGGAACUAUCCUUGAUAAUCGCCCUACACAAAACUCGGCCCCCAAGGCGUGCUACCAAUUCUUCGAGGCUACUGUUACUGAGGCGCGUGCCGAGUGGCCAGAGAAGGCUAAGAGGGAGCGACGUUGGUUUUCUUACACCGACGCCACUGCUCAGCUCGCUCAGCGACCGGAGCUUACGGAAGCUCUGAGACGUAGCGGCAUCAGGCGAUGA